AUGAAGCUGACAUUAAAGAAAAUAUUUCAAUUUCUUUCUCCUUCUGAUAAUAUUAAUAAAGAGCUUGAAGAUGAUAAUGAAAAAAUUAAAUUUGAUCUAAUAAAUAUUUCAAUAGAGCAGGCAAAAUGGAGUUCAUGUGUUGUCACUCCUCUUUUCCAUCAAAGAAAGUUAUCAGAAAAGGAAAUUGAUGAUGAAAUAUCUUUUACAGAAGAUAAUUGA